UCUCGCGCUUGCGCCCUGCGUGUGCAUAUCUGCGUGUUCCCUCUCCGCGCAGCCCGGGGGGCGGUGCGUGCUUGUCGAUAGCGGCUGGUUUCAUCGCGUGUGCGCCAGCGCGACGACCUCAGACAAGAGACGGCAGCCGCGCCCGCGCCUGUGAUGUGACGCGGCCAUGGACACGCUGGUGUUCAAGAACGGCGGCGUGUUCGCGCCGGCGGAGCCCACCAUCAACUGCAAGACGUGCAAGGAGCGCCGCCGCCAGCGCCAGCGCAGGGCGUCCGCCGGCCAGGACGUAGAGCAGGAGCAGCGCGCCCGAGACGCCGGACCAGGUGAGCUGAAGAAGCUCUCGGAAGAAAGCCUGACAAGACAGCCGGAGGAAGUAUUUGAUAUCAUAUGCAAGUUAGGUGAAGGGUCCUAUGGCAGUGUCUAUAAGGCUUUGCACAAGGAAUCAGGCCAAGUGUUGGCCAUUAAACAGGUUCCUGUUGAUACCGACUUGCAGGAAAUUAUCAAAGAAAUUUCCAUUAUGCAGCAGUGUGACAGCCCCUGGGUAGUGAAAUACUAUGGCAGUUACUUCAAGAAUACUGAUCUUUGGAUUGUCAUGGAGUAUUGUGGAGCAGGGUCAGUCUCAGAUAUUAUGAGGCUGCGAAAGAAGACCUUGACGGAAGAUGAAAUUGCAACAAUAUUAUGUGAUACUCUGAAGGGCUUGGAAUAUCUUCACCUGCGAAGAAAAAUCCACAGGGAUAUUAAAGCAGGCAACAUUCUGCUCAAUACAGAAGGGCAUGCUAAGCUGGCAGAUUUUGGCGUGGCUGGCCAACUGACGGAUACGAUGGCAAAACGGAAUACUGUAAUAGGAACACCUUUUUGGAUGGCACCUGAAGUAAUCCAGGAAAUUGGAUAUGACUGUGUGGCUGAUAUCUGGAGUUUAGGAAUUACGGCUCUAGAGAUGGCUGAGGGAAAGCCACCAUAUGGUGACAUACAUCCUAUGAGGGCGAUAUUCAUGAUCCCCACAAAACCGCCACCUUCAUUUAGAGAGCCAGACCAGUGGUCACCAGAAUUUAUUGACUUUGUGAGUCGGUGUUUAGUGAAAAAUCCAGAAGAAAGGGCAACGGCUACUGAGCUAUUACACCAUGAAUUUAUAGGAAAUGCCAAACAGCCAAACAUAUUAAGUCAGAUGAUUGCAGAAGCACGUGAAAUACGAGAAAAUCAGAGUUACAGAAAUGUAGUGAGCUCUUCAGCUGCUGGAGCUGCUAAGCAAAAUCAUGCAGAUGAAUCAGAUGAGGAUGAAGUUGUAAAUAACAAAACUAUGCUGCAGUAUCCUGCAGAUUCAGGAACAUUAGUGCCAACACGUGAUGUUGUUGAUGGUACCUUGGUGCCUUGUCGGGACAAUGCUACUUUGGUUCCCAAUAGUGAUGCUGGAACAAUGGUUGAACUGCAGUCCAAUCUGGGUACAAUGGUAAUAAACAGUGAUACUGAGGAGGAACCUACAAUGAAAAGGCAUGACACAGGUCCAGGUGAACUGGGAAAAAAGUAUCGCCCACUAUUCCUCGAUCACUUUGACAAGAAAGAAGCUGAGAACAUAAAGGGUGGUACUCAAGCAGUUGCUUCAACCCAGACAUUGAACACUGGGGACGGAGUGCCUGCGGCCCUGCCUGUGGUGAGCGGCAGCUCUGUUUUGAACAACAACAACAGCCCACACCCGCAGACACAGCCUCAGCCUCCAGCGCAACCGCAGCUUUCUGCCGAGGAGAGGCAGCGUUUCCAGAGUCACCUCCAGCGCCAGUUAAACCAAAUCUCUGGGGCAGGUGCAACUGGAAUACUGCAUCACACACCUGUGCCACCUCCAAAUCCAUUCCAGGUGCCACGACAUCAUCAUGAAAACCAAGCAAAGUUCCAGAGGGCUUUCCAAGAUGGAGACUUUGAGUUUCUUAAGUUCCUAAGCUAUGAGGACCUGCAGACCAGAAUGGCGAAUUUGGAUUCUGAAAUGGAAAGGGAAAUUGAUGAACUUCGCAGGAGAUAUCAAAGUAAACGACAGCCUAUUUUAGAUGCUAUGGACCAGAAAAGAAAAAGGCAGCAAAAUUUCUAAGAGUGGUUUGUGUACACAAAGCAGUGUUUCAGGUGAUAUCGUUCACUUGAGUGAAAUGGGGAAGAAAGGCUUUUUACUCACAUUGAGACUAACUUGACACAUCUGAAAGUGAGAGAAAGUAAGAUGUUACUAGGACAGAAUGUGAAGUUACUGUAAGAAAUAAGUGCAUCAUUAUGGAUAUAUUACAUUCUGUGUUAUAUCAUCUGGCAGUUUGACCCCAUUAACGAUAGGCCACACUGAAUAAAAAAAAUUGAAAAAAAAAAAAAAUCCUUCAGAUGCAACCUCAGUUCCUAAUGCAUAACAGAUGUGAUACUAUUUCAGUAACACCCUCUCCUCCACUUU